UACUUAAGUACAGUAACAAAUCACAUUUAAUUCAUUACUGCCCAUCACUGGAGUCCAGAUCUAAACCCUGUCAAAAAACCUGUAGAAUGACUUUUUUAUAUCACGAAACCUGCAGUUUUAACGGGGAGAUUUUUGGCACUUUUUGCGAAUUGUUAAAACCAAGUCAGGCACGCGAGUAAUCAAAGCGCACGUGACACUUUCCUGGUGCUAAAAUAAUAAUCUUCUUUAUUUCAUAUAUAAUAUUUGUAUAGUGUGCAAAAGCCCUGUGAUGGAUGACGGCAUGUUUUAGAGACAUUUUGGACAGUUUGCUCCUCCACGUAGAACAGAAACCUAUGAGUGAAAUGAAAGUGAAAGUGAAAGAGCUUCGUUUCUGGCUAAGAUUCACUUUGAGGAAAGUUUACACUGCAGCAGGUCAGUGUAUCAUCAACAGCUUCAUUAGACCACCAGUAAAGCUUCACUACAGUUGCAACUGAUUUCAGUUUGUAGAUGGGAAUGGCUUGGUGUAAAGGGUUUUUGUUUCGCAGUGAUCUAACCUCAGCCAUUGUCACUCGUGCAGGUUUACAUCUGCAUUCGAGUGUAAGGGGACUUUCAAACUGCGGUCUCUCCUGCUCUAUAAAUGCUUUACUGCAGACUUUUGCAGCCACCACAGAGGUAGAGGAAAUGCUCAGCAGGUGGCAGCCAUCUGAGGCAUCUGAUGAAAAUAAUGUUCCCCUGGAGCUCAAAAGAGCACUGGAAGCCAUGAAGGAUAAAAGGCAGUCCAGCCCUCAUCUGGAUUUUCUGAAUUGCCUUCAUGAACACAACAUUUGCCGGUUCACUAAUCAUGAUGCUGAUGAAGUGUUCCACACCAUCCUAAACCUCAUUCAGAAGCAGAUGUCUGACCAGCAAAUUGCUGCAGAGAUAAAAAAUCUUUACAAGAUUGACGUGGAAGAAUGCACCGAGUGUGAGAAAUGUGGGAAUGUACACCGUACCCCCAACCUCUUUCUUAGCUUUCCACUACCUCUGCAUGAGGAUGGAAACACCUUGAUGGACUGUUUCAGGAUGUUUUUUAAGCCACAGAGGUUGGAAGGCAGUGAAGCUUUUUACUGUGUCAAAUGUGAAAAGAAGAUGCCAUCUACUCAGAGGUGCAAGCUGGUUUCUCUGCCUUCAAUCCUAUGCAUUAAUCUAAAGAGGUUCAGAAGCACCAGUAGCUGCACCAGAAAGCUGAACACCAAAGUCAGCUUCCCCGAAAUGCUUAACAUGGCUGAAAUGUUACCUGAAGAACAUUCCCAAGUGGCUGAGAGAAGAUACAGACUGUAUGGAGUGGUAGUUCAUAUUGGGACGUCCACGAUGGGCCACUACACGGCUUACGUCUAUUCCACAGACAGCAAGUGGUACUAUACUGAUGACAGCUGCACGCGUCAGGUCAGCUGGGAGGAGGUUCAAAGCACGUACGGAGGGAGAGAAUGUGAUAUGGCUUAUAUGCUGCUGUACAGGAGACUGAGCUCAGAGGCAGCCCAGGGAGCCAAUCCCUAGGACAAAGUUAAAGCUCCUUUAAAUCAAAUGAAAUGAAAUGAAUUAAACAGCUACACUACAACAAUAUUUUAAAAAGAGUUAGACUGUAUUAGAAAUAUUUUGUGUGAAAAUAUAUAUUAUAUAUAAAAAUAAUUGGUGGCUUGGUGCGUGUGUAGAAUUAAUCAUCAUAGGAAAUCAUUUUUAGAAGUAUUUUUGUAUCAGAUUCACUUAUAACAGAUUAUAUAAUAUUUUCAUUAUGUCUUAAAAGGCUUAUUUAUGCAUCUAAUUUGUAAUGUAUUCAAGUUUCUGUAAAAGCUAAAUAAAAGCUGAUUUCU